AUCAACUUUCUCUCUCUCUCUCUCACACACACACACACACACACACACACACACGGUUCAAAGAUCGUACACCUGAAGGGCGCUAACAAUGGAGGCCUCGUCUUCUUCAUUGGCUGCUUCGGAAGGUCUGAUUCGAACCCUAAUAAGCAGAGGGUGGUGCUUCGGAGACCUGGAAAAGGUGAAAGCCCUCAUCGUAGUUCAAUGGGCUUUGUAUGGAGAGGCAUGUACCGUUGAUUCGGUUGAAUCAGAGCUCGCAAACAUGGACUUGCGUGAAAUCGGUGGCAAAUCAUUACCUGAUCCUUCUGUCCUCCGCAAGGCUUCUCAUUUCCAAGGCCCCAAAGUCCUUCAGAUUUCCUCCACGAGGGACAUAUCUCGAAGCAGUAUAGCUGAUAAUUCAGGAAAUUCAAAUAAUCAGCGUCUUUUGAGAUUGACUCUUACAGAUGGGCAUUCUGAGAUCACUGCUAUAGAGUACUUUCAUAUACCAUCAAUUUCUGAUGAUGUCAUUCCUGGCACUAAGGUUCGUUUGGAAAAUAAGGCUGCAGUACGUGGUGGUAUUGUGUGUUUGAAUCCUAGAGUGAUAACUGUAUUAGGUGGUGUGGUUCAGUCACUGUAUGAAGAAUGGCAGAUGAACCAAAAAUAUUCAGGUUUCUCCCGUUCAUCCUUAAGAAUAUCAAAGGAAAGUGACAACGGUGGUCCUCCACCAUUUGAGAAGUUGCAAAUUGGUGCACUUUCACGUCAACGGCCUCAAGGAAGAUCUUCUCAGUAUUCUGGGUCAACCUCCAAAAGUUCCAAGCCUACUGUUCUGGCAAAAGACGGAAGUUCUGAAUCUAGGCUCCAUAACUUUGAUUCAAAGGCAGGUGGCGUGGAUAACAAUGUAAAAUCAGCUUCUAGCACUGAAAGAACUGAAGAAAAGCCAGGUAGCUCUGAAGAAAGACCAAAAGAAGUGGUUGAAUCUGUACCCAUUCAAAAUCAAGCGGCUGCACAAAAGCUCCUACAGAGAAUGAAUCAGCCAAACCGGGAUGAUCGUCAUUCUAGAGGUCAAAGACAUAGAGGAAAGGGGAAAGAGGAAGACACGCCAGUUUUCACUUUAGAUGAGUGGGAAAGGAGAAAAGCAGGGGGAAAUCCUUUAAUGAGAGCUGAACUUCCCAAUGUUAACCAAGAUGAGGAUCUUGCAUGGCAACUUCAAAGCCAAUUCGAUUUGGAAGACCUUCCUAUGCAAAGAGGCCCUAAUGACUCGGAGGCAGAGAACUUGAAAAUGAGCAUGUUCAAUUUUCAAAGAGGUGAUGCUGACGACCAUGAUAGAGCAGGAUUCAGAGGGAGGGGAAGGGGAAGGGGAAGGGGAAGAGCUAGAGGAAGAGGAAGAGGGAGGGGGAGAGGUUGAUUCGGUUGAAUGUUUACGUCUUAUUUUUCAUUGUGCAGGUAAUUCUUUGUGGUCUGUAUGCAUUUAACCAAGCGUUAAUUUGAGCUUCAAAGUUGCUAUGCAUCAGAGAAAUUUAUGUUUAGUUAAUUGCAUUUGUUUUUGUUGCUUUGCUCAACAGUUCCCUUGUUCUUGUGGAAGGCUUGAUUGUCCAUUAAAAUGGGAAAGCAGAAAAAAUAGUUUUGUAGUCUGGAUUUGCUUUUGAUUCUUUGUCAUCAUAGGUACAUAUUUACUUUGAUUAUAUGUUGAAACAUUUAUGCUUCUAGCUUGUUAAAA